AUGGUUUACUCAAAGCCACACAUCUUUAAGCCACCGAGAACCGACGUCCUUACAGUGACUCCCUGGCUUGCCCCGAUUAUUUGGGAAGGGACCUUCAACUUGGAUAUCUUGAAUGAGCAGUUCAGGCAAAGGAACGCAACCAUUGGACUGACGGUGUUUGCUAUCAAAAAGUAUGUCGUCUUCCUCCAGAGGUUUCUAGAAACUGCAGAGACUUAUUUCAUGGUUGGGCAUAGAGUGAAGUAUUAUAUCUUCAUGGAUAGGCCUGAAGCUGUUCCUAACAUAACUGUCAAAGCUGGAAGGGAGAUAGUCCCUCUCAGAGUCCAAAAUUACCCCAGGUGGCAAGAAAUCUCCAUGCGCCGGAUGGAGAUGAUCAGUCACUACAUUCAACAGCGCUUUAUCCAUGAAGUUGACUUUCUGGUGUGUGUCGAUGUAGACAUGUGGUUUAGUGACCAUGUUGGAGUAGAGAUUUUGAGCGAAGUAUUUGGCACGAUUCACCCAGCUUUUUACCCCUCUGAGCGCAAAGCAUUCACCUAUGAACGUCGUCCCGAGUCUGAAGCUUUCAUUCCCCAAGAUGAGGGUGAUUUUUACUACGCUGGAGGCUUCUUUGGAGGAACUGCGGCUGAAGUGUACAAGCUCAGCAAGAAGUGCCACGAAGCUAUCAUGGCCGACAAAAACAAAAGCAUGGAGGCCAUUUGGCAGGAAGAGAGCCACCUAAACAAGUAUUUUGUGUACCAUAAACCAACAAAAAUACUUUCCCCAGAAUAUUUGUGGUUUGGUGAACGCUAUAACCCACGUUUUCUCAAGAAGAAGAGAUUUAUUGAGAUCCCCAAGAACCGUAGUGCAAUUAGAAAUAAAAGACAUUUGCAUGUGAAAUUAUAG